CUCGCGCCUACAGUGGUGGAAUCGAACGUCCUCGAGCGCACACGGCAUAGAGGAGAGAACGGCGCGCGAGUCUCUGGAAGGGAGAUAUAACGGUUUCAGCACGAGCCAAACCAAACCUGAUUAUUUAGGGGGGUUUUUACACAGUCUUCUGCUCACAAGGAGGAGGGAAGCGAGGGAUUGGAGCCGCAAGUUUUUUUUUUUUUUUUUUUUUAAAUUUUCCCUUUUCCGUUUUUUUUCUCUCUCUCUUUUUCUUAAAAGAGGAUUCCGUGUUUCGUGCUGGUUUGUUCUCCGCUCUCGCCGCAAAGAUGAUGGUCGGAGAGGUCGAAGUGAAGGAGCGACCGAGGCCGAGUCCCGACUAUUUGAUGCAAUUAUUAAACGAGAAGAAGCUCAUGACCAGUUUGCCAAAUCUCUGCGGCAUCUUCACACACCUAGAGAGGCUUUUGGAUGAAGAGAUCAACAGAGUGCGUAAAGACAUGUACAGCGACACAGUGAAUGGCCUCGUGGACAGGCACCCACUGGAGCUGCCUGAACCACUCGGACCCAUCGUUCACCUGCAGGAAAAACUGUUUGUGCCUGUUAAAGAGUACCCAGAUUAUAACUUUGUGGGGAGAAUCCUUGGUCCACGGGGACUCACAGCCAAACAGUUGGAAGCGGAGACGGGAUGCAAAAUUAUGGUGCGAGGCAAGAGCUCCAUGAGAGACAAGAAGAAGGAGGAGCAGAACAGAGGGAAGCCAAACUGGGAACACCUAAAUGAAGACCUUCAUGUGCUGAUCACAGUGGAGGAUACACAGGCCAGAGCAGAGAUCAAGAUGCGAAGAGCGGUGGAGGAGGUCAAGAAACUCCUUGUACCUGCUGCGGAGGGAGAAGACAAUUUGAAGAAGAUGCAGCUGAUGGAGCUAGCUAUUCUUAAUGGGACAUACAGAGACAACAACGUCAAAACAUCCACCCUUGCGUUCUCUCUUGCAGCAGCGGCAGCAGCCGCUCAGGGGCCCCGCCUCAUAGCAGCCCCCACAGGUCAGGUGUUGCCUCCCCAGGCACUCCGGCCCCCAACACCAGCUGGGGCCCCCAUCAUGAACCUCAUCCGGCCCACUCAGAUGGCUGCCAUGCUGCCCAAUGGCACCCCCACCCUGGUGCCUCCCACACCGGAUGGCGGGCUUAUCUACACCACCCCUUACGAGUACCCUUACGCCUUGGCACCCACCUCCCUGCUGGAGUACCCCAUCGAGCACAGUGGGGUUCUAGGUAAGAGAGCCUGGGGAAGCAUGGGUGCAGCAGGUACAGCGACCAACUUUAGCCAGCCUGGACAGGAGGGCAGCUUGUUUUACCCCGGAAUUGGGGUUCUGGACGCGGCUACCAUGAGCCACAGUCAGGACUUGUUGAAAGGUGCAAUGGCUACUAAAGUGAGACGGCAUGACACGCGGGUACAUCCUUACCAAAGGAUUGUGACCGCUGACAGAGCCGCCACCGGCAACUAACACAUGACCUUCUGACCUCUGAACUCUUCACCCAAUGACGAGCCGCCCCAAGCCUGCCUGCUGAUCAGUUAACUGGUAAUUGCCUUUUGCUAGCCUCUCGGACGCAAGUGAGAGAGAGAGAGAGGCGCCUGCCCGUACAGUUACCCUAACACGUUCUGACAAAAAAAAAAAUAAUAAUAAUAGAAACCAACCAGAAUCUUCACAGAAACACAACAAAACCCCAACAAAGUUGUGUAUUAUCCAUUUUUUCCCUCUGUUCAUUGAGUUCAAUUCCCAUUCUUUCUCUUUCUUUUUCUUCAUGAAUCAUAUACUGGGUGGAUGUGUUUGAGGUAUUACUCAUGAAUCUGCACUGAAUUAUAUAGCAAUAAAGACCCCCACCCCACCCCACCCCACCCCACCCUGCCCACCCACCCUCCUGUAAUUGCUCUGAUUUGGUGACCUCACUCGCGUGAGUCAAAGUUCAGUAUCUAAUAGACGCAAACCGUUUGGUUUCAGAGUAAUGACAUAAUACCCAACCCCACCUCCUUCCCCACUCCAAAAAAAAAAAAAAAAAAAAAAAGUAUUUACUUAAGAGCGCCUACCAGCUCCCACCCUGUCCCAAGACCCACCUACUGGGAGAGAAAAAGAAAUAGAAGGAAAGAGAACACACACUCACAUUAACUUGUUUAAUUUCUGUCAUUUUUCACGUGUAGUUCAUUUGUUUAGCUCUAAGAUGUAAUAUUGAGCUGACACAUUCUGGGUGUGCCCCUCUAAACAGCUUUCUGUCUGGUUUUUUAAAAAAAAGCAUGGCUGAAAUGAUUGCAAAAGGAGCUUUUUAUGAUUUAUGUGUUUUUAUUUUCUUCUUCUGUCUUUUUUUUUUAAUGCUUUUCUUUUGAGUCCAUUUUCUCCCACUUGAUUUUGUUCUUGUUUUGUGUUUCUGUUGUUCAUAUUUGACUAAUUAGCUUUGCUUGAAUAAUGGGCUAGCCAAACGUACGCAGGUGGUUUAUCUCUGGAAAAACCAAACGCAAUCUAAUGUUUGGAGCAGGCUGCAGAAAUUAUGAAGGGCAAGAUGGGAAGGUCACUAGUUGGGCUGAUGGGUCUAUGCGUGUGUGCGUGUGUUUUCUUUUUUAAUUUUUUUUUUUUUUUAAUUAAUACUACAAUGUAAGUAGGGUGUGCUGAGGCUUUGGGGACAUUGGAGCAGUGCUUAUGAGCUACUGGCCUUUGCUACACCCCCAUCCACACUACAUCCACUAUAACAGUGCCUGAUGUAUUUAGAAAAAUAUCUCGAUGAGUUAGCCGAGCUGUGAUCACAAAGACAAAAAAAAAAAAAGUAUUAAGUGUGCGUAUUUAGCCAAAGGGUUUUCCAGUGAAUUAUAUAUCUGCAAUUAUGCAUCCGUCUCACAGAGGGCUCUCUUUGUGACUCUAGAGUUUGGAAGGGUGUGAAUUUUUUGGUGCCUGCCUUCAGCUGGAACAGACAUCCAGUCAGUUAGAUGAUUUUUGACCCAACACUGCUCUGUUUUUAUUUUGUGUUUAUUUUUUUUGUGUGUGUUUUCUGAGGUGAACACAGGCAAAUUAACACUAAUCAACAUGCUACACAUUUACAUCGCUAAGGGGAAGGGCACUUUUGAAGUUUUUGUACAUAAAAAGCUUUCGUCAUAAUACCUGGCUUCUACAUUGAGUUGCUUCAUCGGCCACAUUGGCAAACAAGUGUUUAUUUUCCUCAUUUUUCUUUUUGUCAUCUCAACCUUUUGGCCAAUUGUUUUUAUUGUUUUCUUUCUAUUUUUACACCAGCUGGGGACACGAGGUCGGCAUAAUCUCAGCCUUCCUCCACAUUAGAGACGUGCUUUCUCUUUAGUUUUAAUUAUUUCACUGAUGAAACUUCUAUUUUAAACACGAGCCAAACCAUCCGACAAAAGCGCAUCCACAAUGUGUCGCACCUCCCUGUGGUCGUAGUCUAUCUUCUGAGCCCGCAAAUCUUUUGUUCAACUCUCUCAAGAAAAAAAUAGGAUGUGAAAGCCAUGCCUGCCUGUUCAAAUUGCUUUAUACAUACGUCUUAUAUAUAUAUAUAUAAAUAUAUAUAUAUAUAAAUAUAUAAAAAUGUAGAUAUCUGUCAUUGCAUAUACAAAUACAGAAGAGAACAAAAAAUAGAUAAUUUUACAGGGUGCUGGAGAUGAGUAAAAAAUUGAAAAAUCUAUUUUUGGCAAUUUUAGCUUUUGAUACUUUACUUGCAGUUACAAAAUCUGAAAAACCUAAUAAAAAAAAACGUUUGAAAACAGAAAAAAAAAAAUCGCGUGGGUGAGGAUAAAGUGCUGUUACCUUGAAUAUGAUUGGAAAGGAAGACCAAAACAGUCAAAAAAAAACAAACAAAAAAAAACCCUUGGAAAGUUAGCGAGGAUCAGAGUGAGACAGAGGAUCAAAUCAAAGUGCCUUAUCAACAGUGGUUUCUGUUUUCUGAGUAUUCCAGUUGUUUUCAAUAAUAUCCAGCACCCACCAAGAUGGCGCAGAGAGGAAUGGCUAGUGUUACACGCUCUGAAUAGUCGAGCAGGGUAGCUCCCACCGUACCGUGGUGUUACCCAAGUUACUCUAUGCAAACAGAAUAGCAGUCGUUUUGACCAGCUAAAAUAUGUGCCAUGGUUUUGUCUUCCUGAAAUGAUUUUUAUUUUAUUUUUUCGUUCCUUUUCUCGAUGACCCUUUACUCUGCUACACGAGCAGCUUCUGUUCUCUUUUUAUUUAGAUUUAAAAAAAAAAAAAAGAUCAUUUGAGAUAUUGUCUUGAUUUUUAAUUAUUUUUUUUUUGGUGACUGUGACUAACUUCCGAGAACAAAUUGAACUGCCAGUAGCAUCCAAGUAAUCUGCCAGAACAUGUUUUGAUCAUGAGCUGAGAAAAAUACAUGACAUUCAAGGGAAUGGAUAGGAACGAGGGCUGGGUCGCCCCCAGCGCUAUUAUCGAGCCCGUUUGUUUCAACAGCUGCAAACCGAGAGCAUCCGGUCCUUGUCUCCCGAUGUCAGUUUGACGAUAAACUAUCAAUAUAAUCACGAGACGUUCAGCGGACGAACGAAAUGCUGGAACGUGAAGCAAGCAAACCCCGUUUCACAGACAAACAGUUUCCAGUUAUUGAAACAAACGACAGUUUAUUGCUGGAAGGUGAAAAUAAACUCAUAAUAUGAAAUGGAGAAAAUUCUUAGAUCCAAUAUAACCCUUGGCAGUUUGUUUUUCUAUCCAUAGCUCUUUCAUCAUGCUGUUACACCGAAAGGUCAAUGAUUUUUUUUUUUUUUUCUUUUUCAGUGUUAUUAUUUUAAAUUGAAAUGCAAUAUUAAAGUGGAGCAAGAGAUGGCUAUUCAGCAUUUGACAGUAUUAAGAAAAUUCCCUCUGCAAUGUUACAACUUGCUGUGUCAUUGUGAAAGGCUGGAUAAGUCCAUCAGGUGAAAGGUUGACUCUAUACCUACCGUAUUCUCUCUGGCCUGCCUACUAAAUGUAUGAUAAUGUAAUUAACAGCCAUUGUUACAGGUUUAUAAUGUAUUUUUCUAAUCUCAUUUUAUAUGUAUAUUAAUCAUGUUUCUGAGUGCUUUUUUUUUUUUUUUUUUUUUUAAAUGAGACCCACUGCAACUUUCUCUCCCCCCACCCAACCCCACCCCCUUAAAACAGCCCUCACCUCCUCCCCCCUCGUCUCUUUUACAUCUCCAAAUCUGUCUCUUUGUGGGGAGUGUUGCCUUUUUUCCCUGUUAUAUUUUGUUUUUCUUGCCAAUUCCCAGCUUGUUUAACUCAUUAGCUACUUUAUUAGUUUUCUUGUCAUAAGUAUUUUUACAUGCUUGCAUUUAGUUUUCAUGGUGUAUGCUGUUAUUUUUCUUAUUAACCUCUUGGCAUUUAUUUUAAUAAAACAUUCUUAGUAAGAAUUUUACUAACUUGCUGAUAUUUUGUCUUGUGUUUUUAACCAGUUUCAUGAAUGUAUUACCUUGGUCUGGUUCACGGACUAACACAAUUAAAACCAGUGUCUGGCCACCACUUCCACUGACUCACACGCACACUACAAUAACACGCACAAACACACACACCAGCACACACACACACACACACACUGUAGCCGACCCUUCACACGAGCUCUACGUACAAGCACAACACACAAACACAAUCUAACUGGAAAGUGCACGAGUUGAUAAGCGUCCCUCACCUCCCGCUCACGCCCUCUCACCUCUGUGCUGGAGAAAUCUGCUGACACUCUUCAUACUUGCCCCCUCCCCCUCCCCCCUCCCUCCCUCCCUCCUCGCUCAGCCCCAACACUACUGCUGCUGUGUCUCGUCGCCGUCUCUCUCAGAGGCAACUCUUUCGUUAGUUGUCCUGUCCUUCUGUGUCGCUGACGCCCGGCCGCGAGACGGCAGGAAGUGUCGCAGUAUCUGGUCAGGGUUGAGGGAGGGGCCUAUAGAUAUAUAGAUAUAUAUAUAUAUAUAUAUAUAUAUACACACAUAUAUAUAUAUAAAUAUUUACAGACAUAAAUAACCUGCACGUUUGCUUGAGGGUCACUGGUUAACGCCUGGGUCAGCUCGUCUCUCUUCAACAAAGCACACUCUUGAUUAAAAAGGGUCAUUUAGCUGCACACAGGUUAUAUAUAUAUAUAUAUAUAUAUAUAUAUACAUAUAUUUAUAUAUAUAUAUAUCCCCCUAAAGAUAAAACAUUUUAUUUUUUACUCGAAACAUUAGUCGGCGCAGGAAUAAUCGCAAUCUGUGCAAAUAAAUACUGCAUGCUAGUCAUCUCAGAAGGAUUAAUUUAACUGUGAAUAUAUAGAGCAGAACAUCUCCUCACGCAUUAGAAAUGUAGUGAGUUAUUUACAACACACACUCGGGGGCAAAUUUAUGGAUGACAGUCGUGUGAAUGUUUUGUUUUUUUUUUUAAAAAAAAAAAAUGCGUCCAAGGCUAUUUUUUUUUUUUUUUUAAAUGCUUGGAUAGCAGCACCACACUUAUCACCAGCUGUUUGUCUGUUUGGUGGACACUCCUCCCCAUUCAGCUUAUUGAUACAGCAGCUAAUACUGGGCCAUUUGGGAGCAUCCAUGACGCACCAGUACAUGAUGCCAAUAUGAAGUGCUUUGGGAUCAAAACAGCCUUACUAUUACUUCCAGCGUAAAAUGCUGAUAUGGCUUUCAGCUCGUAUUUAUUGUUUAGUUUUUUGUUUUUUUUGUCUGAAUCACUGCCAGCGUGUGCUGUUCGUUCUACUGCUAUCGGUGCACUCGUUCCUGGGUUCGUUCAGCUUUCCUCUCUGUUCUUCCACUAAUUCGAGGUAUUGACGCUGACACACAAGCGAAAGAUUAACUUCAUUAAUCCUGAUUAUUACUUUAACCCACUGAGUGGUGCCUCCAGAUUUCCUCCUCUCUUUUUUUCUAUUAUAAAUCUGCACAACAAAACAACUUAACUGUUGCUAUUCUCUUCACGUCUCGGCAAGCAAAGGAUUUUAACAUCAAAGUUAACAUUUCUCUACUCUCUGAAAUUAACAUUUGGUGUCUUUGAUCUGGAAACGGGUGCCUAUAACACCUGCUUGCACUCCAGCAACUAGAAGAUUGGAUUACAGGCAGCCAAAUAGUUUUUUUGUGUGUGUGUGUGUGUGCGCACGUCGUCAGACGUAAGCAUUUUUUUUUGUUGUCGUUGUUUAUUAAUCUGGGAUUGGUCUUUAAUGUUUUUAAAUGGCUCUUCCCUAUCGUAAUGAGCAACUUGAGCUAAAAUCCGUCCAUUAGCCGCUGAUGUAUAUUUACACUGCCUUAAGUCUCUCCUUUCUGCGAGAGGUUUCUAAUGAAAAGCAGUUAUUUUCCGAAGCACAAUGUCCUCCAGACACUGCCUAAAAUACUGCAGCUGUGAGUUAAAAAAAAAGUGCCUUUUUUUUUGUCUGAGAUUGGGAAAUUAUAUAUUUUUGUACUUUUCUCAUUCAAGUGCCAAGUUUUUGUCUCCCUUUAUCUCACCGGAAGCUUUUGCUGUCGUCGUCGUCGUUGUUGUUGUUGUUGAGCACACACACAAAAAAAAGCUUCCAUUUUUAUUUUUUUUCCAGCACAAUGUACAUACUCGUUUUGAACCGUGGGGAAAGUGUGACCAAAGAAAUAAUGAAUAAAACAAGGAAUUUGGUCGCAUGCGUUCCCCUCCAUUAAACUUCGGCUUAAUGGGUCCUGUUUUCGAUUUGAUUUAAACUGAGAACUCUCUUUCUGAUUGGACCACGCAGUAUGCAGUGAGAAAUAAAAAACAAAUAAAUAAACAGAAGGCUGCUUUGCAUACUGCUGCAGUUCUCAGUGGCUUUCCAAAUCUGUUGCAGGGCAUUCAGUGUAUUUAUCUACUAACCACCUCGUCACCUGUCAACCUUUUUAUUUUUCUUCUGUUUAACAAACAUUCCUCCAAUGAGUUAAACGGCAGGUUUAACCAAUCAGUGUUGGUCUCAGCGAUGUAGCACUCAGGUGGUUAAAGGGUAAAUACUUACCAAAAUUAAGAUUUUUUUUUUUUUUUUUUUAGCCCCACUGGAUUUUUGUGUUGUUUUUGUUUUGACGGUGAUAAAUUUGCAUUUAAAAGUACAAAACCUUUUUAAAGCUACACUAGUAUGAUAUAUAUGACUGUAAGUCCAUAUAGUGGUGCACUAAUAUCUGUGAGAUCUUUUCUUCUUCUUCUACUUCUUCUUUUUCUUUUUUUUUUGUGGAGUUGUAAGUUUUUAUGUGAAGUAGAUUUUGUUUUGUGUUGUUUUUUUUUAUAGAGGGUUAGACUGAGAAUUUUUUUCUGAAUAGGGUGUAAAACAUGUAAUGCCAGUUUUUGUUGCUCACACCAAAAAAAAACUUAAAAAAAAAAAGAAAAGAAAAAAAGAGAAAGAGGAAAACAAAAUUGUCAUGUGUGCAAUAAAGAACCAUAUUUACAAGCUUC